AUGGAUCGACAUCUGGCCGCUUUGACACGUAAGAAAGACGUCAAACUUGUUGGCGCUUGUAAACAGCCUAGUACCUCACUAGAUGCCAUCUUUUCGAAACUCGCCCAACCUAAGAAGACAUCGAACAACCACCAAUCUCUUCCUACAGAGCCAAUCCAAGAGUCAUCUAAGAAAGCAUCCACUUCAAGUCUAGAAACCAUUGAAAAGACUGAUGGUCCAGUCCCAGACGACGAUGAAGACGACUUACCAGAUCUCGAUCAAGUUUUUGCAGAACCACUCAAACUUCCUUCCCGGACUUCGAACAAGCUUAAACUUUUAGAAACUCGAAAAAAAGAACUCUUAGCGAAACAAACUGAACCAAUAGAAGAACAACCGAAAAAGAAUGAUAAGAAAGGCAAAGGAAAAGAACAGGAAGUUGAAGAUAAUAACUCAGAUUCAGAUUUAGAAGUGGUAGAUUUCCCAUCCAAAAGCACUAUGACCUCUCGUGCUCCAACAGCCUUGAAGCGAGUUAGAUCAGCUAUCAAACCUGUUGUUUCACGCUCCUCGCUUAGACUUUCAACACAUCAAGCAGGACCCGAAAGAAGUGUUUCAGCUAAGACUUCAGAUCGUAGGACGGAUCAUAAUCUUACAUUUAUGGAAGAUUUGAAAACUCGAUCUGCUUUAGACAGUGCUAGGGAACGUAAACGGAAAGAGCAAGAAUUCAUUGACCACACUGGUCUUAAAUCGGCUAGUGUCUCGAAGAAACCUGUGGCUGCUGUGGAAUUGAAUAUCAAGGAUAUCUUGAAGAAGAAGGAUGAUGAUGAUGUUGAGAUGAACGAGAAGGAUGAUGAGGAAGAGGACGAUGAGGAUUGGAAUGGUGACCAUGACGAUGAAGAGGGUGAUGAAUUGGGAAGUGGUAGUGAGGUGGGUUCAGUGGAAGACGAAGCACAAGAAGAAGAAGAGGAGGAGGAGGAUAAGAUGGAAGAAGAUAUGCCCAGUGGUGGACAAGUUGUUCGUGAUAUGGACAUUGAUGAUGAGCUUCCUGCCGAAGUUACCAAACGACGACAGCUACGGGUGAUCGAAUCUCCUGAACCAGAAGCAAUGUCACUCAAAAGCGCUACCCCGAUAGAUUUGACAGGCUUUAGAGCAGUUUCCUCUUGUCCUCAAGAGCUCGUUACCAAUACUCUUGAUCUUGAUGAUAAUCCAUCACCUUUACCUGGGUUUGAAGAGAAUGAAGAUUGUUUACCCGGCUUUGGUAGAUCUACUACUACCACUAAGAAACUCAACCCGACAGCCGAACAAUCUCAAACUAAUUUUACUCAACUAUUCGAAGCUGAAGGUAGUAUAAGUCAACCACCUAUCGGCUUAUUGAAACAGAAUAAAGAGAAUGGUAUCAGUGAAGAAGAUGAAGAUGGAUUUGCACCAACUUGUGUGUUACCUGAAGUGAAUGUUUUACCUGAAGAAAGAGAAAGGGACAUGAUGAUAAUGAUGUUAGGAGGACAAAAAGAUGAAGCUGUAGGAGAUUUAGAACCAGCUCAGUAUAUCAAUGAUCGAGGACUAUUGACACAGAAUAAGCCAUCACACGGUCAACUACCACCAGAUUCGCCACUCUUUUCACAAGAUUGUGUAGCUGCCAGAACUCCAUUUGCUUUACGAAAAGAAUUGGUGAUUGAAGGUUCACCAUCUUUACCAAGAGUUAUUGAACGACAUGGUGAUGAUCGAGAAGGUUCUCCUAUUACUACAAGUGGUGUUCAAAGGAAAGUAGGUAGGAUCGUACUUGCAGAUGACGAUGAUGACGAAGCAGAAGAACAGGAAGAACAGGAAGAGAUAGGCAAAGGGAAAACAAGGCAGAAACGGUGGUACAAGAAUCGACUAAAGUCAAGAAAUCCAGGAAACUGA